AUGUCGUCUCUCGAAUCUAAGCUGGAACUUCAGCUUCCAGGGAAAAAUAUUGUCAUCCUUAUCGUCGCUGCCUUGUGUCUUCCGCUGAUUUACAAUGUCUUCUUCCAUCCCGUCGCUCGGAUUCCAGGACCAUUCUUCGCCAAGCUAUCUGAUAUAUGGCACGCAUACCACCUGUCAACCGGCACUCGUCACAUGCUGCUCUAUGACCUCCACAAGAAAUAUGGCCCAUUAGUCCGCAUCGGACCAAACACGGUCUCUGUUGACACAAACGAAGGACUGCAGAAAAUCUUCUCGGCAACAUCACCGAUUGACAAAUCGCCUUUCUACCAGUCCUUUGCGCCGGGCUUCGACAGUAGCUUUGCCGCCGUUGGUGAUGCUUUCAGGGAGAAAAAGUCGAUCCUGUCCCAUGCAUUCGCGCAAAAGAAGCUCGAUGCCAUGGAAGUGACCUUCAUGGAGCACAUCAAGAAGCUUUGCGAGGUUAUGACCGCGCAAAAGGAAGUGGAGCUUGACGAAUCCCUAUCAGCCUUGACCAUCGAUAUCCUCUCCGACGUCUGCUUUGGUGAGACAUUCGAUCUGCUUCACAACCCUACGGAGAAGAAGAAAGUCAGUGGAGGUUUGGUACAAGCGGCAAGAUAUGUGUCACUGGAGGGGACCCUUUGGCGAUGGCCUUUGAUGCAAAAGAUGAUUCGAAUUUUAUCCAACAAGUUCACAACUCGCGCCUAUCCAGCAGAGAGAGCUAUAGGGGCAAUGAUCAACCAGAGACGAAACGCGUCAGGUAGAGAAGAUAUUUUCAACUAUCUACUGACUGCUAUUAAGCCUGGGUCUGGUGAGCUGUUUCUUGACCAGGACUUGUUCGGUGAGGCCAUCAUCCUGUUUGUUGCAGGUUCCGACACCACUUCGACCGCUCUUCUAACCACGUUAUGGCAUUUGUUAUCUCAUAAGAAUGCGUACGAUAAUUUGGCGAAGGAAGUCAGGUCCAAAUUUAGGUCUAUUGGCGAGAUCAACUACCAGGAGGCUCAACACUUACCGUAUUUGAGAGCGGUAAUUGAAGAAAGCUUGAGAAUAUUCCCGCCAAAUUCCGGAUUUAUACCUCGACAGGUGGUUCGAUCUAAACAGCCGUUCACUCUCCAUAACAUCGUUCUACCUGUCGGAACUGAAAUCGGUAUCGCAAACAUGGCCUUACAUCGAAACCUGUUGUAUUUCGAAAAGCCGGACCAGUUCAUUCCGGAACGCUGGAUCGACGGGAGCAAGAGAGACAGGCCUGGGUUCUCUCCAUUCUCGAAAGGUCCAAGAUCAUGCCUAGGAAGGAACAUGGCAUACAUGGAAAUGACUGUCGUCCUUGCAGCAUUUCAGGCCUAA